CAGAAACAGUUCGUCAACCACCUCGGUAGCUUGCUGGCCAAAAUAGCCGAAAGAUUCAAGCUAAUUAUACGCUUUCGGUGUAUAUUAGCUACUGUGUUUUAGACACACCUCUGUCGUAUCUACUUGUUAACCUAUUUAUUUUCAUAUUACAUUAUUUUGUAUUAGUCAGCUAUAGUAGCUGGCUGAUUAAGUUAGCACUAGCCUAGUUGCUACUGCUAGCUAGCUAACAUCCCCGAACAUGAGCUCCCUAAACUACUCCCCUCCUGUUAAAGAAGAGGGGGUCCGCUGGACGGAGAAAGAAGCUCUGGGACUGAACAUUGUCGUGAAAGAGGAGAAGGAAGAGGAGGAUGUCACAGUAAAACAAGAAGUCGAGGCUGAGGCUGUUACAGUGAAAGAAGAGAAAUAUGUUUCAGUGAAAGAAGAGGAAGACUCGUUCAGAGUGAAAGAGGAAGAGGAUGUCACAGUAAAAGAAGAGGAGGAAGAGAAAGAGGAUGCAGUUUUUGGAGUGAAGAAGGAAGGGGAGAUUACUGUCACAUUGAAAGACGAAGAGGUGGAGAUAGGAGAUCUGAUUAACACCAGAGAGAGACCAGAUUCUCCCUCUGACAGCGGGAAGAGUCCUUCAGGGGAACCAGACCCAGGGAAGAGUCCUUCAGGGGAACCAGACCCAGGGAAUAGUCCGUCAGGGGAACCAGACCCAGGGAAGAGUCCUUCAGGGGAACCAGACCCAGGGAAGAGUCCUUCAUGGGAAUCAGACCCAGAGACGCCCAAAGCAACAGGAGGACAUCACUGCUCCCGCUGUGGAAAGAGUUUUACCAAGUUAGGGAGCCUGAAGAAACAUGAGAGGACACACACAGGAAAAAAGACUUUCCAAUGUUCCCAGUGUGGAAAAGGUUUUCUCUGGUUAUAUCACCUGAAUAGGCAUGAGAGGACACACACAGGGGAAAAACCUUUCCAAUGCUCCCAGUGUGGAAAGAGUUUUAACGAAUUGGGGUACCUAUUAAUACACAAGAGAAUACACUCUGGAGAGAAGCCUUACCAGUGCUCCAAAUGUGGAAUGACUUUUACCUGGUUAGGGAGCCUGAAAACACACGAGAGAAUACACACUGGAGAAAAUCCUUUCCAAUGUUCCCACUGUGGAAAGAAUUUUACUCAGUUAGGGAACCUAAAUCGACACAAGAGGACACACACAGGAGAGAAGCCUUACCAAUGCUCUCAGUGUGGAAAGAGUUUUAGGGGUUUAGUGAGCCUGAAACAGCAUAAGAGAAUACACACAGGAGAGAAGCCGUAUCACUGUUCCCAGUGUGGAAAGAGUUUUAGAUGGUUAGGGACCUUGAAAAUGCAUGAGAGGACACACACCGGAGAAAAACCGUACCAAUGCACCGUGUGUGGAAAGAGAUUUACCCAGUUAAAGUCCAUGAAAUUACAUGGGAGAAUACAUACAGGAGAGAAGCCUUACCACUGCUCCCACUGUGGAAUGGCUUUUACCUGGUUGGUAAACAUGAAAACUCACGAGAGAAUACACACAGGAGAGAAGCCUUAUCAAUGUUCCCAGUGUGGAAAGAAUUUUAGGGGUUUAGUGAACCUGAAACAGCAUGAGAGGACACACCCACAAGAAAAGCCUUACCAAUGCUCCCUGUGUGGAAAGUGUUUUACCAAGUUAGGGGGUCUGACAAGGCAUGAGAGGACACACACAGGAGGGGAUAAGACGUACCACUGCUCCCUGUGCGGAAAGACAUUUAACAGGUUAAGGCAUCUGAAUAAGCAUGAAAGAAUACAUACACAGGAGGAGAAGACAUACCACUGCUCUCAAUGUGAAAAGACAUUUUCCCAGUCAGAGGACCUGAAAUCACAUGAGAGAAUAGAGAGGCUGUGUUCUGACUUAUGUUUUUGACUUGAGAAUUUGUGUUUUUGUUUAUGCCGCAUUAAAUCAUAUUGUUUAUAUGAAGUCUUAAACAAAAAAGGUUUACUUUAAAAAAAAAAGUUUUGUAUACAAGUGUACAGGUUUCAGAACAUCUCAUAGUAAAAGGAGUCUAUCUCCUGUUUCUGGACAGGACUCUAGUCUAUAGAGUACCACAGUAUAGUAACAGGAGUCUAUCUCCUGUUUCUGUAGUGAGGCAGCUUGAUGUACUUCUCCUGGACAAGAUGGCUGUCUUAAUAUUUUACUGCUCCUCUUUAAUUAUUUGUUACUUUUAUUUCUUAUUCAUAUUCAUUUUUUGUUGUUGAUUAGGGCUUGUAAGUAAGCAUUUCACUGUAAGGUGCAUGUGUGUGUUCGGUGCAUGUGACAUAAUAUUAAGUUGUUAUAUAGAUUAAUGGAAUUUUGCAUUUCUUGAUUCCAGCCUUGAAACCUCUUGAAUUGGAUUUGUUAUAUGAUUUGGAUAUUGCUAAAUUAAUUUGAUUGGAUUCAGUUGCAGAUAAACAUAUUAGUACCAUUGUACUUUUUCUUAAACAAUUACCUAUUUCUUCUAAAAUAAGUUGAAAUUGAUGGUCUCCACACCUUAUAGUAUUUUCAACAUUGCAGAACCAAUACAUUUUUUGUUAACUUAAGUUUACAUUCGGCUAAUUCAGCCACACCCAUUGCUGACAGGUGUAUAAAAUCGAGCACACAGCAAUGCAAUCUCCAUAGACAAACAUUGGCAGUAGAAUGGCCUUACUGAAUUUCAACAUGGCACCGUCAUAGGAUGCCACCUUUCCAACAAGUCAG